UUCAAAUUUUUCUUUCGUUCUUCAUUUCUAACGCUUGGAUAGUGCCGUGAGGGAGGGCGAUCGUUCAUUUUGACCGUGAAGAACUUGAUUUUCAUCGUCAAAUCGAAGAUUAAGUGGUCGAUUUGUGCGUGGGUGCUUGAUUUUCGUGGGAAGGAAAGGGGUUUUCUUCAUUUCAGACAUUUCUUCUUCGUAAGGUAUGAAAUCUCAUGUUCUUACCAUGUAUUCUUAAUUUUUUACCGUAUAAUCGUAGAUUUGAAGACUUUGAGUGUUUUUCAUUAAGUUUACCAUAGGAUUUCGUUUUUUUUUUUGAAGAUAUGGAUCCUACAUGGCAAUGGUGCGAAAGGGUGAAGGAGAAUAACCGUUUGAAACUCAAAUGUGGCUUCUGUGGGAAUACACUUUCAGGAGGAAUUAUUAGAAUGAAACACCAUUUGGCAGGGACCUCCAAAGAUGCGUCUCCUUGUGUUGGAGGACCAAACAAACCUUUGCCUCCAUUUGUGCGUCAACAAUGUUUAGAUAUGCUUCAUGCUUUACGUCAAAAGAGAAUACAAAAAGAAAUUGAAGAUGCAGAUGUAGGCUAUAAUGUGCCUUUGGAAGAUGAAGAAGAAGAGGAUGAAGCUUAUUAAUGUGAUGAUGAAGACGAUAGCAGUCUAAGAACAGAUUUGGAGACCUCAAGAGGUAGAGAUCGUAGAGGAAAAGGGAUUAUGUAUGAAGGAGGUCGAUCUGGCAUAACGGGAAGGAAGAGGAGAGGCACAACAGAUGUUAGGGCCAGGCGUGGUAUGCGACCACCUAGUGGUAGAGUUCCUACUGGUAGGUCUAGUGUUGGCUCUAUUAAGAGUUUUUUCCCUUCAUAUACCAGCCCAGGUGGUCAGCCGCAGAUUCGUGCUGCUAUGACAUCUAAAGAUAUGCUAUAUCAUGCACAAAAGCAGGUAGGGAAAUGGUUUUAUGAUGCCUGUAUUCCAUUCAAUGCAGCUAAUUCUUUUCAAUUCCAAGCCAUGGCAGAUGCAAUUGCUUCUAUAGGCCCCGGAUUCAAAAUGCCAUCAUAUCAUCAGUUGAGAGGCAAAAUUCUUCAGGAUACAGUCAAAGAAGUGUCUGAGCAUUGCGAUGAGUUGAAAUUAUGUUGGAAGGAAACAGGUUGCUCCAUUAUGUCAGAUGGUUGGACUGAUACAAGGUCAAGAACACUUGUAAAUUUUCUUGUGUAUUGCCCUAAAGGUACAAUGUUCUUGAAAUCUCUUGACUUGUCUGAUGUUCCUAAGACUGCUGAGAUUUUAUUCAAUGUUUUUGAUAAUGUUGUACAAGAAGUUGGACCUGCAAACAUUGUACAGUUUAUUACAGAUAAUGCUGCAAAUUAUAGAGCUGCAGGAGAUUUGUUAUUUCAAAAGUAUAGAACAUUUUAUUGGAGUCCAUGUGCCACUCAUUGUGUUAAUCUAAUGCUUCAAGAUCUUAAUGAGAUGCAUGAUAUGAAAUCAGCCAUUGACCAAUGUCAAGAGGUAACAAAAUUUAUCUAUAAUCAUGCAUAUGUAUUGAGUUUGAUGAGAAAAUUUACAAAAGGAGUUGAAUUAAUACGACCUGCACAAACUAGAUUUGCCACAAAUGUAUUGACUGUGCAGAGUGUGGUGAAACAAAGAACUCCUUUGAGACAGAUGUUUGCUAGUGAAGAAUGGGCUGCAUAUCCACAUGCUCAUAAAAGAAAUGCUUCUUUAGUUGUGGAUAUUAUAUUCAAUAACGUAUUUUGGGAAUCAUGUGUGAAGCUAUUGAAGGUUUGUGUUCCAUUAGUUAAGGUUCUCAGGUUGGCUGACAGCGAGGACAGACCUUCUAUAGGGUACUUAUAUGAGGCUAUGGACAAAGCAAAAGAGGCAAUUCGAGACAACUUAAAGGAAAAGAAAAAGUUAUAUAUGCCCAUAUGGAAGAUUAUAGAUAAAAGGUGGACUGGACAGCUUCAUCAACCUCUUCAUGCAGCAGCUUAUUAUCUAAAUCCUGCAAUUAGAUUUUCUCCUACAUUUAAGAAGGACAGAGAAGUCAUGCAUGGUUUGUUAGAUUGUAUUAAUGUGUUAGUGGAAGAUUCUACAGAACAAGAUGCUGUGCACAAUGAGUUGGAUCUAUAUGAUAGUUGUUUUCGGAACAUGGGACUACCUGCCGCCGUUCGAGCCAGGACAACGAUGCGUCCAGAUUUGUGGUGGAAUAGGUAUGGGUUUGAUUGUCCAAACCUAGCACGUUUUGCAGUCAAAGUCCUCAGCCAGACAUGCAGUGCUAGUGGAUGCGAAAGGAACUGGAGUGUGUUCCAACAUAUCCAUAGCAAAAAAAGGAAUAGGCUCGAACAUAAAAGGUUGAAUGACCUUGUCUUUGUUCGAUAUAAUAUGAGGUUGAAACAAAGAGAAUUAGAAAAAUCAUUAGCAAGGAAGCACACAUCUCAGUUCGAUCCUAUCAGCUUGGAAAAUUUUGACGAUCUAGAGCCAUGGAUUGAAGAAGAACCAACUACAAUAUUUGAUGAUGAAGAUCUUGAAUGCUUCAACCUUGAAGUUGAAGCAACAGAAGGCUUUGUUGAUGAAGGAGAGUCUGCUACUGCUGGUGCUGGUGCUGAAUAUGUUGGUGAAGAUCUUCCAAUUCUUGACGAUGAAGAAGAAGAAGAAGAUGAAGAUGAAGAUGAUGAAGAUUAUGAAUGAUGAAUCAUGAAUGAGAGUCAAGUCAAGAGUGCUUUCAUUUUAUAUGUAUCAAAAACUUAAGAGUUAUGAAUCUAUGGUUGUUGAACACUUGAUUGAAUGUUUUAUCAUUUAUGACUUUAUCACUUUAUGGCUUAUGGCCUUAUGCUUUGUUGAAUGAUAUUGUAUUAUUGUUAUGAAUUUUGAUGUUUAUGAAUGAUGAACGCGUAAGUUUAUAGCAAUAAUAAGUCUAUCAUUAUCUCAAACAUGUUUUCUAUGAACAAUUUAUUAUUUUUAAUUUU